CACGACAUAACCUCCACAACCUUGCACACACACCACGCAUAUUGUUGAAGAUGCAAGUCCACGCUGUGUCUGAUGCAGAGCGCGCUUUCGACUCGCAGGGCAGGAGAUUGCCGUGGGGCCUUGAGUUUGCAGACAGCGACCACAACCAGCGACGGAUACCCGAAGAGAAAGGCCCAUUUGGCAAGGCGCGCAAACGCGGGUCUACACGCGCAAAGACACCAACAGCCAAAUCUGCCGAGGACAGCGCGAAGCUCGACAACCUGCGCGCAAUCGACGACAUCUUUGGGCGCUUCAAGGCCGACGAGGAUAAGAAGCGAUUGCUCCCAGGGCAUCCCGUAGCCGCACUACCACCGUCGGCAUCUGCACCGAACCUGAUAGAAAGCAGCGGUCUGCUAGGGACAUCGUUCAAUGGCGGCGCGCCCCCAAAUAUCACAGCGAAAGAGCCCAAGGAAGUCAUACUGUACGGCUACGGCUCAGAAGUGCAGUGGGCAGCGAUAGACUUCUUCGAGAAGGUCUCCAACGGCAUCAUCUACGAGGAAUACGACCGCGAACCGUACAACCCUAAAUUCAACUACGCCUUCGGCACACAGCGAACCUCACACUAUCAAUCGCUCUCAAAGGCCGCGCUGAGCAGAGUCAACCAGUUCGUAGGCGGCGACCACUGGAUAAAGGUCACAUUUGAUUCAGCAGAAGCCGCUGAGCGCGCAUGCCACUACUCUCCCCACAACAUCCAAGGCUACACCGUCUUCGCCGAAGCAUACAGAGGCACUGGCCCUCAAGGCGGCGACCGCGCCCUCCGCGCCCAAAUCGGCGGCGCCGUCUCCCUGCUCUCUUCUCCACAAACCGGCGCCUCAAGCACAGUACCAGACACAUCCACGACCGCGUCCUCAGCCACGGCAACAACUGGCCCCGCGCCAACCAACCUCCUGCGAUCAACAACCAUGCCCCUCUUCCCCAGCGGCUCCUUCCCCAUGGACGACGGGCCUCUCGACCGCGCACCACCAACACCAGCACCAGCUGCCUUGCCACGCCAAUCACAAACCCAAACGACGACCACAUCUGCGCAACUAGCGCCCACAUCACGCCGCGCAACGCUCCGCCUUAAGGGCGCAAACGUAAAACCCGCCGUCUUCAUGCCGCAAGAGAAAGCCUUUUUGCCAGCUCCACCGCUGUGGCAGCAGACGUUUGGUUCGUUGCCGAUUAUCGGGUGGGUGAUUGGGAGUGGGCAGGGGAUCAUAGGAGAUCAGGUGCCGAGGAAGGAGGACGGGAGUUUCGACGCGAAUACGGCCAGUUUGUAUUGGCGUGUGUGGUACAGCGUCGACUCGUGUCUAGGGACCGACUUUUGUGGUGUGAGGGAUGCGGAGUACGAUGAUUAGAGAAGAAAGGUGGAAGGAUACGACACAUGACAGGAUGAAAAUGGAGUUGGCAGCAUCAGGCGGCGUUUUGGGCUUUGCAUGACGGCGAGGCAUUGGUCCGUUCUUUUUCUUAUCAGUCUGAUCACAUUUGCGAUUGCAGCUCAGAGCAAGCAAGCGAUUCCAAUGAAGCCAUAGCUUGCAUAAGAUGCGUGUGAUGA